GGAGAAAGUUUGGGAGUUUUUUUGCAAGAAUAAUACUUAUGGAACCACACGUACUAGUACCUCCCUAUCAAGUCGAUGGGGAAAUAUUAAUAGGGAGACAAGUAGGUUUGCUGGGUUCAUGGCGAAAGUUGAAGCCCGAAAUAGAAGCGGUACGACUGAUGAGGACAAGUUGAAAGAAGCAAGGGAUAUAUAUCAAGCUACACCAAAUUCAAAAACCGGCAAAAAGGUAGCUUUUGCUUUUGAACAUUGUUGGGUUGUGUUGAAGAACCAACCAAAGUGGAGUAUGCUUAAGGAAAGAUCAAAAGGGCUCCCUCAAACUCAAAGUUCAGUCGAUCAAGUUGAUAGCAAUGAUGAUGAUACAGUGGUGCUAGAGAGACCAAUUGGUCGAAAAGCCGAAAAGGCUAAGCGAAAGAGGAUAGAUGGUGAUAAGGGCUUUGAUGAUUAUUUGGAAAAAAAAUUGCGCUAUAUUGAAGCAUCACAUGAACAAGACAAAGAGGCUCUUCGCAUCAAAGCGGAAAGGCUUCGUCUUGAAACUAUUAGGGAGGAGGGAAGAAUAAUGACUAUGGAUACAAGUAGCAUGAAUGACAAGGAAAAACUUUAUUUUGAAAAUCUCAAGGAUCAAAUCCUUGCAAGACAAGUUGGGUUUGACCCAAGGAACAUGUAGAUGUCUUGUCGUAACCUUAUUGUGGUAGUAAAUUAUUUUAGGGUUGGGGUUUGGCAUAUGUAGAUGCCAUUUUGGUAGUGGCUUAUUUUGGUAGUGGCUUAUUUUGAGCAUAAGUUUGGAACAUGUAGAUGAUGUAUUGUUCCAACUUGAUCAAUUGGCAGUAGGUUGUGCCACUU